UUGCUCAAUGUAAAUCCCCUCUUGAUAACGGAUUUGGUUUCACAGUUAACAAGGCACUGUAAGUCGGAUGUUGAAAUCGUAAGGCGUCUCUUUCGAUGGGUGACGACUAAAAAUUUCGAUGCUGUUGAAUAUGAUCCUUCCGCUCCUAGUGAUUCCUUUAUUGGGAUGCUUCGGAAUGUCCAAGCGGGUUCCCUCUCUAGGAAUGAGCUCUUUCACGAACUCUGUCGAUUUGCAGGAAUUUACUGCCAAUACAUAUCUGGCUACUCAAAAGGAGCUGGAUACCGACCAGGAAUGUCUCUUAAACAGGGCGCUUUGUUUCGAAACACCUGGUUGGUCGUGUUCGUGGCUGAUGGCUGGAGAUUUGUGAAUUGUAAUUGGGCCGCUCGUUACGCAACUUCUACUUGGAGUUCUCUGUCUUCUGGUCUUCCAGAUACGCCUCCUCCAAAGUGUGACGACUUCUACUUUUUCACGGAUCCUGAGCAGCACAUCUUUGAGCAUUGGCCUGAUAACAAGGUUUGGCAAUUACUCCAUGCUAAGCCUGUUUCUCAAGCGAGAUUUAUCUCCCUACCUGUACUUAAAUCCGCCUUUUUCAAUGCUGGCCUAUCCCUGAAGAAGCCUUACUCCCAAAAGCUUGUCACCAAGAAUGGACAAGUGAGUAUAAAACUACGGAUGCCUUAUUUCAUUGGAAUAUCCUGUAGCCUGGAGAAUUGUGCAGAUGGGAGCUUUCUCCGUGGCUUCUCUCUGGCCGAGGUGCUUAUCAAACCGUCGGAUAUGGUUCGCAUCCACUGUGCUCCUUCACAACCUGGUCACUAUUACCUCAAUGUCUAUGUUUCCCCCGAUUGGCGACGCGACGAUAUACGCGAACUCGCUUGCUCAUUUCAAGUGCAAUGUUGUGAAUUCAAUUACCCACGACUUGUUGUGAUGGGCCGACUUCCAGAAGUAGGGUUCUUAGGUAGAACCCUCGCUGCACAACACUUCGGCGUCUCCCUUCUCAAAAUCACUGGGAGUGGUUGCAACGGUAACCGACCCUAUAUUCUCCAUACUUCCUCAGAACCGCUCAAAAUUCCCUUCUUUAUCUCCCCUGGACUAAGGUUAUGUCAUCAACUAAAGUCGUUCGAUCGUCCUGGUCAACAGAUGACAGACUGUGACAACUUUGCUCUCCUCCAAAUGCGGCCUUCUUCCUUUCCUAGCUUUGACAGUAGCAUUGCAAGUACUUUCUCUGCGAAUGCUCUCCCUCUGCCUUACUCGGCGUCUUCAGCCAACGCUCAUUAUCACCUUCGUCUGCCUGUUAGUGCAUUCUACUACCUCACAAUAUACGCAGCCUUUGAGGAGACUGGUACAAUCACCACAGAGGCUAGCGAUCAUCUGGAGUGCGUCUACCGUAUCCUGGUAGAUGCUAGACGACCUACUAUGGCCAGUGGUUCUGGUCUUGUUCCUGCUUUUCCUAAGCAGACCUACUGGUGGGUGGGAGCUAGACUUCUAGAACCUACUCGGCUCAACCUUGAUGUCAAUAAACGUCACCUCUUCCGACUUGAUGUACCAGCUAAAUAUGUCUCAGUUGCUGUGGUGAUCAACUCCUCAGAAUGGCACUUUCUUACCUCUAAUUCUACGUCAAAUUCUAAUAGUUCUACGAACUCAGUCCGAUGGUCUGGAAAGGUGACUCCUACUGUUACUGGGGAACUGGCUGUCUAUGCUUCCACAAAAGCCGGGUCCCCAGUUAAUGAGACCUCCGAAGGUGUUCCUUAUGUCAAGCUCCUUGAACAAAAGGAGGAGUUGAUGAAACUCAAAUCCAAGUACGGUGAUGUUAAGUUGAAAAAAAAGCCCAUGGAUAAUGGAGAUAUGAGUGACGUUGACUCUGAUUCCUCCUCGUCUUCAAGUGAUUCAGAUUCGGAAUGGGAGGAUCAAGAACAGGAGGACUUCUUGCGUCUCUACGAUGCCCUCUGUCGUAAUGAUCCAGCUCUGAAUGAUGAGGAGAAGGUGUGGUUUAAGGAAAAGCCGGAGGAUGAGGGAGAAGAACAGAAGAAAUCCAAGAAGGUGAAGCCAGUCUUGUUGAAAGAUCAUGCGAGAGAGCUUUUGCUGGCUGAAGGGAAGGAUGAUGUACCCACCACUGAUCCCAAGGACUCGAACCUGAAUCCCGAUGCUAUAAAAGAGGCGUUCUUAGCUGAAACGGAGAAGCUCUUUGAAAAUAUCGAUGACGAAAUAUUCGCCAGGAAAACUCCAAGGCCCAAUUCGGACGAACCUAAAAAACUUCCAGUUGAUACCUCUCAUUUUACUUUCGAUGUAUCUCAAGAUGAUGCUGAAUUUCUGCGGGAUUAUCUUGUGAAUCGUCGUUGGAAGGCAUCGGAGAAGAAGCAGCAGCAGGGGAACGUUGCACAACGAUCUAAUCAAUCAGACCCAGAUAAAAUGGCUGAGGACAUUUUGGCAAUUAAGAAGAAACCAGCAGCAACGUUAUUAGGACUUGAUGAGCCUCUGUUAACUGCUCCUGAAGAGUUAGAAGAAGACGAUGAUUUUCUUGUCAAGGCGAGGAGAUUUGAAAAUGCUUGGAAUAAUAAUGAUGAGGAGUUGGAGAAACAGUACCCAGCAACCACUGCUUCGCGUUAUCGAUUUGAAGAGGAUGACAAGGAGUUUAUCAAAACCUACCCCCGAAAAAUCGAAGACACUCUCAGACAACCCUCUGGAAAGGGUAUGACACGAGCGGAGAAACGCAAAGCCCGAGCCGAGCGUAAAGCGGCUGAAAAGGCCGCGAAAAUGGCCGAUAUUGAAAGGCUAAAACGACUGAAGAUGGCUGAAUUCGCCGAGAGGUUGGACCGAAUUCGGAAGAGUUGUGGUGAUGGACUCGCUUUGGAGGCGAAUCUUAAUGUGGAUGCCGAGACAGGAGAUGGUGCUCAAAUGAACGAAGUCACUGAAGAAAUGAUUGAUUGCUUAGACAACGACUGGGAUCCCGAAGCACACGACCGCCUUAUUGCCAAGCUCUUCAACGACGAUUACUACGGUGCUUCGACAGCAGAUGAUGCCCUUGAGGAAGCUCCUAAAGUUGAGUCCGAUGAAGAGGACGCUGGUUUCUUGCAAAAUCUCGAUACUGGUGAUUAUGAGGACUAUCUUCCCAGACAGCACGCCUACAGUGGAAAUGAUGAAGAGGAUAAGGACUCCUCUAAAUUGGAAAAUAAAGACUUAAAGGGAAAAACAGAUGAAACAGAGACCUCUGCUCUAGCACGCGCAGCAAAAGAGAUCUACUCAACUUUGGUCCCUCGAAAACGCGGUAAACGGGCACGCGGUCGUUCCCUUCUAAGAACUGCUCUUGAUCGCGAAAAACCCACCUAUAAUCCCCAGCAAUAUCCAAAAUUUGAAGAAUAUUUCGAUCAAUUCUAUCAGCUUGAUUGCGAGGAUAUUAUCAAUGGUUCUGGACCCGGAGAUGAUGUCUUCUGUCGAUUUAAGUAUCGACAAGUGAAACCAAAUGACUUUGGAUUGACUGUGGAUGAGAUUCUCAAAGCAGAUGAGAAGGAAUUGAAUCGUUGGGUCUCAGUGAAGACAAUGUGUGCUUAUAGGAAAGCAUUGAAACGUCUCCGAAAGAAGCAGCGUAAAGCAGAGCUUUUCUCAGCUAUAGUCGCAGCUGAACGCGAUACAAGUGGAAGGCAGCUGGAUGCCAAUCUUCAGCUAAAUGGGGGUAAAUCUAGUGCUCCAUCUGGAGUGGGCGAGAAGGUAGAGGAGUUGAAGGAACUGGCGAAUAAUGAACAGGAAUCGCGUCCUAUAAGGAAACGAAAGUUGGAAAUUGCCGAGUUGGAGAAUAAAGAUUCCGUGGUAGAUGAAGCGAAGCCGGAGAAGAAAAAACGCAAACAUCAGCAUCAAGUCAAACGAUCUUCGAAGCAUCCGAAACUCUCUGAUGAGCGUCUAAAGGCUGCUGGCAUAGAUCUGAAGUCGUACAAGUACAUGAAAAUGACGGGGAAGAUGUGA